AUAUAUACACUAGGAUCGGGAAUCCUACGGGUGACUUCUCAGAGAAUAAUUGCGAAGAGGACGGCCGUCAUCGCCGAUGGUUAAUCCYGUCCAGCGCGAUGCAGCUUUCGCUGAACGAUUUCGACGUUUUGAAUUAAGCAAUCCCCGUCCGAUGGCACAGCCUCCUUGGGCCAAAGAACCGACCAUUUCAACUUCAAGCAAGARAAGGUCAAACAAUCCUCCAUCAAACAUACCAGCAUUGCCAGACAUAAUGGACAGAGGAACAAAGAAUCCAACUCCACCAGGAUCUGGUGAUGGCACAAGACUAAARAAACUCGAAGGCAGGAUAAGUUUGAGUGAACAAUCAAACAGAGCACUGUUAGAAGAGAUYGUGAGACUACAAGGAGAACUCAAAACAAGUGUACGACGUAAYGAAGACACUUURCGUGAUGAAAAGGAACAAAGACAUYUACUAUCAGAGAAAAUACGAGCAGCAAAUACGCUUUAUACUCAGCUAAUGAUGCGGUUAGCAAGAACGGAGGAAAGACUGGAUUCWGAGCAUACAGCUGUAGGGUCGUUAGUCAACCACACAAAACAUGUUGAACAAACAYUAAUGGGYAAUCAACAACAAUUGUUGAGCCGAAGGGAACAGGUUCAUGUUAGACUAGAAAGAUUAAAAGAAGAUUUGGAGGAUUUGCAAGAUACUUAUGAGCAAGUGCAAAAGAAUAUGCGGGUCAUGAAUGACGAUGUACGGAAUACAAAGAGUAAGCUUGAAGUGCAGACAGUACAGUUUGGGACAAUGGUGCAGGAGUUACGGCAGAGGAUGAAAAAAAUUGAAAAUGACUCACAGUCUGCUAUGGAUUACUUGAGGAAAGAAACAGACACUAGAGGAGUCAUGGAAAUGAGUACUGCACAGUUUAAGAACACCAUGGAACUAAGACUAGCCGAAGUUAAGGAAACAGUUGGGGAAAUACGAAGACGACUUGAUAUGGAAGAAUCAGAAAGACGGUCAGCUACACAGCACUCAAUGUUGAAUAUCGAACAGUURAAAAACAUGAUUCAAGAAGUUGACCACAAACGAGAGGAGGACAUUCAAGCAUCGUCCAUGAUAAAUAGAGACAAGGACAGCAUGAUGAUGUCUGAAAGAAGCCAGAUAGCAAACAAAAUGGCUGAACUAACAGAAGAACAGAACAAGAAACUUCUACAGAAAGAAAUUAGGCUGAGAGAAGAAGCGCAGUCAAAGUUUUUAGCUAUGGAAAAGCGACUGAGAGAAGAGCAAGCAUCCAGAGUUGCAUUUGAGAAGUCGAUAAGAGAGGAGGUGGAGAGAAGAUGGCAGUCUCUAAAGACUUACUUUGAUGAAGAAAUUCAAACAGUCAAAGGUGGUGGAAAGGUGGGUCAGGUUAAGACAGAUCAGAGUCUUGUACGGUUAAAUGAAGCCAUUUCUCUCCUGGAAAGACAAAUGGAGGAAGGGCGCAGGGCUGUUGAACAAGUCUUGCAUGCUGAAAUCACAUCAAGGAAGAAGGCCUCUCAACCACCCAUAAUACAGGUGACGUCAGAAAAUGAUGAAAAUAACUUGAAGACAGAUGAGGAGAUUUCACGGUGGAAGCAAGACACAGAGGAAAAACUCACAGAAGUUGAUAAAGCCAUCAAACCACUACCAAAUAAGCUUGAGCAUAUGCAGAAAGAGCUGGAUUCUUUGAAAGCAGAUUUGAAGACGUUAGAGGCCCAACAAAAACGUACACCAACGUAAGUAGAGGCGCUGUAACACUAGGCACUCUCACAAUAUCCAACCG